AUGGAGUUUAUAAAAAAGAAGCGAGCUGUUGCGACGGACGGUGAACAAGUCACGGAUAACGACACUCGAAUACGGAUUAACGUUGGCGGCACACUUUUCGAAACAUGGCGUAGUACUCUGGAGCGGAUCCCCGGAACGCGGCUGGCCUUAUUGACCGUCAUGGGGGAGGCGGAUAGCACAUGGGACCGCCAAAGAAAGGAGUUCUUCUUUGACAGACACCCCGGGGUCUUCCAGAUGGUCAUGCAUUAUUACAGGACAGAGGAGCUUCACACCGACCAGAACUUCUGUGGAAACAUAAUUCAGGGGGAGCUGAUUUUCUGGGGCCUCACUGAGCUGGACAUCGAGCCGUGUUGCUGGGGCCACUACAGCAAGUACAAGGAGCACAAGAAACCCUGGCCGCCCUGGAUGACAACUCACACAACAGAACGACGAAGAGGCGUGGCAAGAAAAACUCACGGGAUUCAAGAGGUUUAA